CGCGCCAGAAAGAAGAACGAGGCGCUCGCUGCCAAAAUCUUUAGUACAGGUCGUCGCUCGAGCACUUCCGGUUCGAAUGGCAGUGCUCCCAAGGUCGCCGCACCUGGCGGGACUCUCGCCAGCCGUGCUGGUGUGAAGAAGGGCCCCCGGCAUAGUACCGGCAACAUCAACGGUGAAUGGACUCACGAUCUCCACACCCAACCUCCGAAAGGGCCCAAGGCCAUGAACGGCAAUACUUCCUCUCUCGCCACCCGCAUCACGAACCCCAAUGCGCCCCCAUCACACGCACCCACCGGCCCCCGUGCGAAACGUCGCGCCGCGCAGAUAGCGAAUGGCUUGGAAAGAUCGGGAUUUCAGGUCCAGCCACCCUCAGGCCCCAAGCCACCCUCAGGCCCCAAGCCACCCUCAGGUCCCAAGCAAAAGCAGAAGCCGAUUCCCACUGGUCCCUCUGCCAACAACAACGCAUUCAACAAAGGCCUCAGCAUCCGUGGUCUUGCUGGGCCCUAUGUCGUCAUGGCCCAAAACUUCGCCCCAGGCACUACCGCGGCCGAUAUCGAGUCUGCCAUGACUCCUGUUGGUGGAAUUAUUACAUCGUGCCGGAUUCUCAAACAGAGCCCGAUCGUCAUCGCCGAAAUCAUCUUCGAAAGCAAGGAGGGUGCCGACAACGCUAUUGCCAUGUUCGACAAACAAACAGCCGAUGGGAGGGUUCUGAGCGUUUACCACAAAGUGCCGAAUGUUCCCGCCCCUCACACCAGCAGUCAGAAUAACCGAAACAGCGGUUACGAUGAGGACGAUAACGUUAUCGACGGCAGGUGGGGGUUUGAAGAGCCCAUGCAGGUUGACUCUAAUGGAUCAUCCUCUGGUGGCAACGGCAAGCCACCUCCUACUGGACCGAGCCUGUACUCUGAUAGCUUGGUUAGUAAGGCCAACACCAACCGAUGGGGCAGGGGUUUCAGAAGAUGA